UUUUAAUGGCAUCUAGUUGUGUCUAAUGCGUGCUUUUAAAAUAAAACCACCUACGACCCAACACACAACAGCUAUCCAAAAUGGACACAUCCUUUGGAGGCAAUGCCAUAUACGAUCUUUCCCUUGAGCAAGGGUACCUUUCCUCUGCAAUGUACGGAAGCGGACCCCUCUGUGCUGGCUUCGGCGAGUACGAAGCGAAUGACCUCCUGCUGGACCCGGAACCUAGUGUGUGCAAUACGAUCAACGAACUUUCUAUGGAAACCUUUGGAUGUGCGCAGUAUGGAGAGUUUAUAAAUCCGGAUGAUUUCUUAAAUGACGUGCUCAAAUCGGAACCGGAAUCAUGUGACACAUCACCGUCGAGCCGGGAUACGCCGUCACCUUCCGGCAGUCAACAGAGUUGCGAAUCGUUGCCAUCUUCCGGUGGAUUCGAUGGGUGCCACGUGGUGCCAAUGCAUUUGGAAAGUCCUCCCAUAUCCCCAGAAGCUUCAAUCAGCCCCACGGAUAAUCGGUGUUCAGGAUCAUCGCCAUCACCCUCCGUGACGACCGGAUCACACACCGUAUCAACUACCAGCACUGCAUUGGGUAGCUUACGCAGGGUCAAAGCAACCCCAAAAAGCAGCAUGUCUAACAAAACUAUCACCAAGAAAACAAUUGUUCUGUCCGCAAAGGACUACAAAGCAUUGCUAGCGAACAUGAAACAACAACCUUCAAACAACACCAUCCUGCUAAAGGCAACUCCGACGAACAAGCUUCCAAUAAUGCCAACAGCGAAUGGAUUUAAGGCUACAAGUUUCGUCACUUCUAAGCAGGACAAUCCUCCCGUUUUACCAAAACCGCAGACAACAACUCCCUCGAUGAAUGGAACUCACAAGAGCAAGGAGAGCCCAACAAUCACUGGAGAUAUUUCCUCGCCAAGUGUAAGUCCUUUAACCGUUCCCAUGAUUUUGGCAUCAGGUGUAAAUAUCUCCGAGCAGACGAUCGACGAAAAAUUGCUCAAGAAACACCAGCGUAUGAUCAAGAACCGUCAAUCCGCCAUAAUGUCUCGGGUAAAGAAAAAGGAGUAUGUGACAUCCCUGGAGGAUCGCAUACAGGCGCUUACUAACGAGAACGAGCAGCUAAGAGUGGAAAACGCUAAUCUCUUGGAAAGACUGAAGGUUGGUUGUUCCUGUGUAGCCGGCAGUCUUCUUAUUGGAAGCUCGUCUGCAAAGCAUGUGACCCCAACAGCUCGCAAAAAUGUUGCCAUUGUGUUGGCGAUGUUGUUUAUGGUUUCGUUGAAUUUUUAUCCAAUUGGAAACUUGUUAAUGAACAAUGAACGAGUUGGAUUUGACGACGAUACGUCCCAUGGGGAAUCGGUACAUCAUUCUCGUGGUCUCCUGUGGAUUAACGAAACCACGAUACCGACUGGGUCCGAGCGCACAUCAUACCACCUCAACAUCACCGCGCUGGACGAACUAACGAAAAAGGAUUCGGCCCCAUUGUUUCCCUCUAUAGAGUGUCCGUUUUACGUGAACCAAACGGAAAACAUACGCCUCGCUAGUGAACUUCGUCGGUGGAUCGGAGAGAACGGGUAUAAGAACCUUACCGACGGCAAGGGCGAGGCGGACCUUAGCAUCGAUACGUUCGAUAAAAUGUUCCGCCUAAAGGACGCGAUCGAUUCCAUGUACCGGCAGAUGAAGGACAUCAGCGUGCAGAUGAAAUCGUUCGAGCGGCGGCAGAAAAAAGUGGCGGCUCUCUCGGAAAAGCAAAAACUUCGAAAGCUAAAGCACACUGCGUCCGGGCAACGCGAAAUGACCCCGUACCAAGGACGGUUACACAAGCAGCACGAUCUGGACCUUUACUACCCAAGCGUCAACAUGAAGUAUGCGGAGUUUUUCGAAGAAAUUGGCCGGCGAGACGAUACCUUUUACCUGGUUUCGUUCAGCGAGGAACAUUUGUUACUACCCGCCUUAGCGUACAAUAAAACGAACCGUCCACGGAUGUCACUGAUGCUGCCGACCGUUGCGGCCCCGGGUGGAACGAUGGGCAAUGGGACAAAUCGAACGGACAAGAUCACUCUCAUGCAGAUCGACUGCGAAGUGAUGAACACGUCCGUCAUUCAGAUAAGGGAGAAAAUGAUUCCGGGUGAUUUGCGACCGCACGGCGGAGGGGAAACAUCAAAGGGAAGGGCAAAUGCUUUUGGUGGUGAUCGAAACACAACGACCACAAAUCCCCCAACUGGGCCUUCCAAUCAGACGAACGAUAACGCGAAUCGUCGGACGGAUCGUAAAGGAAGGAUGGUUCGCGAUCUGCGCAGUAACUUAUCCUCAACACCGGCAAGAAUUAACCGAAAAGAACCAGCCGUACAUCAUCAACAUGCCCCAAGUAGACCUUUUUUUGUUGAGCGCAUGAAUGAACACCUGAAAAGCGAACAUCAUGUAAAUUGAACUGAAACUGAGCCGUAUCGCAUUCGGAAGAAUCGAUUAUGCGAGCUUUUUCCGCCGGAGUUCUCGAUCUCAGAACGACACAGCAGUUCAAUAUGACGCCGUAAUCAUAGAUUCAUAUACAACAUUGCUGUAUUUCAAGGACAUUUUUCGAACGGAAUAAUUACAAUGCACAAAUGGUUAGGUUAGCUUUUUCUCAUUCCGUUCCAUUUACCCGUUUACUAAAAAAUCCACAAAAUACUAAAACAAAUCUACGGUGCUAUCAACCGUUUUUAUAUCACUCGAAGGGACAACGCGUUGCAAUAACAUAAACAUUAAACAUAACUAUUCUGUGAGGUCUAAGAUUUAGUUGUACACGUAGAAUAAUAUAGGCUAGGAGCUGUUUCGCUAAAUUUAUAAUUUUGUUAUAAAAUAUUGUAGGAUUUCGUUUGUUGAAAGUUUGUAUGGCGCCGCAAACAAUCUUUGGACUGAGUAGAGCGCUUGUGGAAAAUGUUUAGUAGUAACAACUUGUGAAACAAAAUUAAUCAAUGCCAAGGUAAUAGCAGUGUUGCUGUGGAAAAUUUAAUA